UGCGUCUGCCUUACAAUAAGAAGUUCCUGCAGUCCUGGGUUCAAAUCCAGGCUCGGGAUCUUUCUGUGUGGAGUUUGCAUGUUCUCCCCGUGAAUGCGUGGGUUCCCUCCGGGUACUCCGGCUUCCUCCCACUUCCAAAAACAUGCACCUGGGGAUAGGUUGAUUGGCAACACUAAAUUGGCCCUAGUGUGUGAAUGUGAGUGUGAAUGUUGUCUGUCUAUCUGUGUUGGCCCUGCGAUGAGGUGGCGACUUGUCCAGGGUGUACCCCGCCUUCCGCCCGAUUGUAGCUGAGAUAGGCGCCAGCGCCCCCCGCGACCCCAAAAGGGAAUAAGCGGUAGAAAAUGGAUGGAUGGAUGGAGGAAGGAGUAAAAUGACGUUUUCCACGCACAUGCGCAGAACCGAUGUUUCCGGUCGUGAAAAAAAAGCAAGGUGGCGAGCAAGAUGGCGGACUGACUGGCUGUGUUCCCCUGUCUCACAAUUACGAUAUCAAUUCACAGCAAGUUUAGAAACACACAGGUCAAUUGUAGAGCUCUGAAACGGAAGUUGGAUUUGGAGCGAUGGAGUGUUACCCGAAGUGAAGAUUGAAGACGUGAUAGAAGAUUGACGACUACUGCUAUGCUAAGAUGGCGACGUCAUGUCAAAAAGAACAUGAAAGACAAUCAGAAACUUCCAGCAAAUCACCAACGCAGAUAAAGACCAAAGAUGAAGAACUUCCCCCUCAGUUAGGGGGCAGCUCCAUUUUGACGCAGAAGACUACACAGCCCCCCCACAUAAAAAAGGAAGAGGAGGAACUCUGCAUCACUCAGGAGGGAGAGUGUCUUCGAGGGCGAGAGGAAGCGGAUCACACAGACUUUCCACUGACUGUUGUCGCCGUGAAGAUUGAAGAGGAUGAAGAGAAACCACACGUAGACAACCUCUUGGCUCCACUAUCAGAUAGUGAGGCUGAAGACGAGGUUGAAGUACCUUUGAGCAGCGAUACAGACUGUGAAGGUGAAAUGAGGACUCACACUGACAACAAACACUCUGGAUGCGCUAAAAAGAACGGAGGUAACAAAUGUUUCAGCUGCUCUGUUUGUGAGAAAAGCUUCACGAGAAAGAGCAAUCUGACAGAACACAUGAGAACACACACAGGAGAAAAAACCUUGAGCUGCUCAGUUUGUGGUAAAAUCUUUGUUUCCAGACAACGUUUAAAUCAACACAUCAUAACACACACAGGAGAAAAACCAUUCAACUGUUCAAUUUGUGGUAAAAGCUUUACUAUAAAUACCAAUUUGACGCAACACAUGAGAACACACACGGGGGAGAAAACAUUCCAUUGUUCAGUUUGUGGCAAAAGCUUUUCUCGAAAGAGCAAUUUGACUCGACACUUGAGGACACAAACAGAAGAUGAAACGUUUAACUGUUCAAUUUGUGGUAAAAGCUUUUCCCGAAACAUAAACUUGACUCAGCACAUGAGAACGCACACAGGGGAAAAACCCUUUACCUGUUCAGUUUGCGGUAAAAACUUUUCCAUAAAGAGCAACUUGACUCAACACAUGAGAACACACACAGGAGACAAUCCAUUUAAGUGUUCAGUUUGUGCUAAAAGCUUUAGUCAAAAAAUCAAUUUGACGGAACACAUGACAACACACACGGGAGAAAAAACAUUUAACUGCUUAGUUUGUGGUAAAAGCUUUUCUCAUAGCAGCAGUUUGACUCCACACAUGAGAACGCACAGAGGAGAGAAACCGUUUAGUUGCUCUGUUUGCGGUAAAUGCUUUGUUUCUAGACAGGGUUUGACCCGACACCUAAUGACACACACUGGACUAAAACCCUUUAAUUGCUCAGUUUGUGGUAAAAGCUUUUGUCGGAACAGUGAUUUGACCCAACACAUGAGAAGACACACUGAAGAAAAACCGUUUAGUUGUUCAUUUUGCAGUAAAAGGUUCCAUUGCAAUGCAAAUGUGGUCAGACAUAUAAGAACACACUUGGGAGAAUAGUCAUUCCGCUGGUUAGUUGGUAGUAUGUUGCAUAUAUUUGUGGCGACAUCCUCUUAAACACAGGACCUCCUUGAAAUAUGUUAACUGCUUCUUUCACAAAUAACAGAUGACUGGUACACAUUGGGUUUAUCUGGAGCAUAAUCUUAUCUUCUAGUGACCCCAUGUCUUCCAUGUAUCUGAAUCUUUCCUGAAAAGUAAGAUAAAUGAUGCUUAAAGUGCUUGGUUACUCCACCAGUCGACACAGACCUAACUGGGGAGGAAUUGUAGUCGUCUUCAAAGUCAGAAUGUCUGACUUUGAACACCAACAACAUGAAUCGAUAUGCCCGAAACCACACAAUCUAGCUUGCUAGGGGCCUCAUGUAUUAAGACACGCAUGGAUUUCCUACAAGCAGUGAUGUACGCCCAAACCUGGGUCAUGAGUCAGAUCAGAUGUGUUGAUAUAAGCUCAUGCAAUAAUCCAUGCUCAUUACUUUUAUACAUCCCAAAUAUUGUGGAAUUGGGGCGCACACUCCUGUCACGCCCACAUUUAAAUAGGAAAACCAUCUAUAUAUAUUAGCCAUUCACCUGUGACCUCCCGCUCUACAAACACAAAUAUAUUCAGCAAGAAGGUGCCCAAGAACAUUUUCACAAACAACGAGUUAGAGGUGCUUCUUGCUGGAAUGUACAACAACUUUUGUUCCAAGUGUAACAUCCGUUAACUCUUGUAUGUUCUGCGUUGUGUUUUUUGUUUACUGGGAGGCGGACCACGGCUCGAUUUAUCGAAGUCAGGAUGGUGGAUUUGUCCGAACAAAUCAACAAAAGACUCAAUAUAGGGCGGUGUAGCUCGGUUGGUAGAGUGGCCGUGCCAGCAACUUUAGACUUCCAGGUUCAAUUCCUGCUAUGGCCAUCCCAGUCACUGCCGUUGUGUCCUUGGGCACCUGCACCCAGUGCCACCCACACUGGUUUAAAUGUAACUUAGAUAUUGGGUGUCACUAUGUAAAUCACUUGAAGUCACUAGAGAUAAGCGUUAUAUAAAUAUAAUUCACUACACUUCACAGUAAGGGUCUGUGACAUACAUACAGUCUCCUCCACACAGCACGUGGGUUCCAAGCUACUUUUAUCAAAUAAACACAAAGAAAACCCUGUAAAGUAUUGUUUACAAAGCUUGUAUGUUCGAUUGACACAUUAACUCCAUGUUCACGUCUUUGACACUCUCAGUAUUACAUGUAUAAAACAAAGUUGCCAUUGUAGAAAAAACAAAAUAAAUGAUCAAAAAUGACAAGUACUUUACCUCCUCUAAGGAGAAGUGAUGACACAAGCAAUUUCUUAAAGAGACAGUAGGUGUAUUAAAGCUUGAGUCUGUUUUGCUUGUGUUCCGUCAUGUGACUUCUUCCCGUAAGUGAAAAACAGCAGUGCGCCAACUCUCUUAAAGGGGAACAUUAUCACAAUUUCAAAAGGGUUAAAAACAAUAAAAAUCAGUUCCCAGUGGCUUGUUGUAUUUUUUGAAAUUUUUUUCAAAGUUUUACCUGUCCCGGAAUAUCCCGAAAAAGCUUUGAAGUGCUUGAUUUUCGCUAUUUGCUUAAGCCACUGUCCAUUUCCCUGUGACGUCACAUAGCGAUUCCAAUACAAACAAUGGCGAAUAGCACAGCAAGAUAUAGCGACAUUAGCUCGGAUUCAGACUCGGAUUUCAAUUUAUAUUUACUGUAUAGUAGUUGUGUUCUAUUAUCUUACUUUGUCUGACUAUUAAUGAUAGGCAACUACUGAAGAUAUUUUUCUUAUGACCACAUUUUGAAGAUUUAUAAAGGAUAGUUGUACUCAUAUAAUCACUGUGUUGUCAUUCUAAAAGAUGUGUUGUUGUAUGGCAUUUGUUUAGUGUAUGUUUUUGUGUCACUUUCUCUAAAUAAACAUGACGUUUGA